AUGUCUCGUCAUUUACGAGCUCAGCGAAAGUGGCUGCAGAACAACAAACGCAAGUUAGCGGACGAGGCGGAAGAGCCGCUGAAGGCAAAGUUAAAUAAACUCUGGCAGCGUGCGGAGAGUCUCGACCAAGCCGGAGUGGACGAUUACGCCAACUUCCUCGACGUUGUGUUCGACAAUCCGACAAUCAAGACCGAGCUGGAGGAGAAGCUGUUGAAAGCUACGAGUGACAUUGAAGACCUGAAGAACGACAACGAAGACCUGAAGAACGACAACAGACAACUGAACGCUACCCUCGAUGCGCAGGCACGAUCCGCGCUCCGGCGACAGAUUGCCAUCAACAUCGAUUGGGAGGUGAAGAUGGACUUCCUCCAGCUGACAUCCGAAGACAAAACGGCGUCGAUGAAGUACGGCUACGGACCGCGCAAGGGUCAAUCCAAAGGCGUUGUCUUCGGAUGCCAGCUGGAGGAAGUAGCGGCUGAGAAAGAGGAUCUGAACGAUGUGAUGGAGACGUGGUUUGGCCCGCCGGAGAACGGAAAAUCAGAGAUGUUCAAAGGCACUAUGGAGUCCUUGAAGCAGUUCUCUGUGGACCCUCAUCCCAUAGCCUACAAAGGGGUUCCGGUGGAUGCCAAUAUGGCUAGGGAACUGGUUCAGGGCAUCAAGGAAGAGUUCCUGGUCGACGUGGCUGUGGAGGUUUCCCUUUGGUGGUGUCUGUGUCUGAAAGACAUCAAAGUCCGCUUCGACCCGACAGACCCUGUUGAAGCUUGA